AUGAUACAUGAGUGAAUAUGGAGCAGCAGUGGAAUGAUGUAAACAAGAGAAACUAAAAAAUUUAGAGAAAAACCUGUCCUAUUAUCACUUUGUCCAACACAAAUCCCACAUGAAUUGCUGUGGAGAUGAACCUGGGCCUCUGCACUGAGAAGCCAAUGACUAAGCACCUGAGCUAUGACUCAGUUGCUAAGACAUCAUAACCAUCUCUUCCCCAUGGCACAUUGUCCUAUAAUAUAUUUUCUUCCAUUCUUCUCUAUCCAGCUAUAAGCUUGCAUAUACAUCCACUUUUUCCAUACUCAAUUUUGUAUAUCUUUCCUCAUAUGGUCUCUUCACUUUGUAUUUGUCUUUCCAGCAGCCACCUGACAUGCCCAUUUCUGAUGUUCUCAAAGGAAUCCUAUCAACCAUACAAAACUAAUCCAUAUCAAACUGUAUUCUAUUUUCAGAUCUUAUAUAAUGUUCUUGUUUUGGAUAUUAUCCCUUUUUGUUCUUUUCUUGGUAGUUUCUAAAAGUGAAAUUCAAAAUAUAAUUACAUUAAAUUAAUUUCUGUUCAAAGAGAAAAAAUGUAUGACACUUAAAGUAACUGAUCUCAGAACAUCAGGAUGAUGAAUAUUUAGUGGUGGAAUAACGUCUUGGUGCAACAGUAAUACUACACCUCCAAUUUUAGCUUGGCUUAUGCAGUAUCUUUGUUUAUGUGACCAAACAGUUUCAAUCUAUAAAAAAGAAAACUGUUUUUUAACACAAAAUGAAUAAGCACGUAUGCAAAAGGCAGUAGAAUGUGUAAAGCAAUCAGCAACAUUAACGGAGUGUAGAUAUAAAAACAGUGCCACAUUGCAAACUGCUCAGCUCUAACAAAAUAUAAAAAGUUCAUACAAAAGGGAUACCCAGGCUCGCCACUAUAGUUUGGAUUCCACAUUAAUCUGUGGGUCCCCUCCUCACCUUCAACAUCAUCCAACUAACUGCACAUAGUAAAGUCCUUCUUGAGAACUGAUAGUCAUUGAGGUAAUCAAUAAUCAAGGCAUUUCCUAUCUUUUAUAGAACCCAAAGGCUUUGAAGAGCUUGCCAGUGAGCUGUAAUGUGAGACAGACAAAUACAGUACAUGCCAAAUUUCUAGAAGACCCAUUCUUUUAUUACACUCCCACUUAUGACUAUAUUUCCAAAGUGAACUAUUCCCUUCACAUUUUUUAGCAAAAAUGUCAUGUGCAUUUCUCACCUCCCUCAUACUACAGUUCUCAUCCUCCUUCAUUCAACCACUUUGAUAAUAUUUGGUCAAGGAUAUAAAUUAUGAUCAUUAUACAAUAAUUUUAUCUUCAUCUUUCUAUUACCUCUUCUCCCUUUGGUUCAAACACCAUUCUACCAUCAACAGAAAAACUGAAAUCCUGCCUCAUAGAUUUAACUGUCUGAAAUGAGUAUUCUCCUGUCAGGUGAGUAAAAGCCAGGAUCAUCCAACCAUACCUGAAACUAUAUCUGGAGAUAUAAGCUACAGCAUAAUGUAGGUUGUAUGAUACCGUUCACAUACCUAAUUUACACGUUGAGCAUACUGAUUUCAUCCCUAUAUUGCUAAAGUAUGAUUUUGACUUGUUCACAUGAUGAAGACUCCAGCCACUAUGCUCACUAUGUGUUUGCUGCAUUGGAUCAGGAACAGUCUGGGACAAUCACAUUCAGAGAUUUUAUGCUUGGACUCUCCAUUGUAAUGAAAGGAACCUUACAAGAGAGACUACGAUGGGCCUUCUCUCUGUAUGAUGUAAAUCAUGAUGGGUAUAUUACAAAAGCAGAAAUGCUUGCUGUCACUUCUGCCAUAUACAACCUGCUCGGAGACAGUGGCAAUGCAGCUGAUCACUGUCCACAGUCACAUGUAAAUAUGAUAUUUAAGAAGCUGGAUUUGAAUAAUGAUGGUGUCAUCACAAUUGAUGAAUUCAUUAACUACUGCUCUAAGGAUGAAAACAUUUGUAAUUCAUUUGCCAUUUUUGAUGAUCUUUGGUAAAAGGACAUACUAUGCAUUAUAGCAAACCAAGAUGAAUGAGUACUUUCCAUAUAUCGCGACUAAAUCCAAUGCAAAACCCCUGUCUACACACGAUGGAACUUCAUGAGAUUCCAGUAAACAAAAUUAAGUUUACUGUUUCCACAAACUGUGGUACUUGCAAGCCUGCUCAUAUCUUACAUGUCACAUUAAGAACAACUGAAAAUAAAGUACAUACAGAGAAGUGUUUUCUGGUAACAAUUUCCAAAAUCAGGACUAUGAUGCUGUGCCAGUUGAAUCCACUGUAUUCUGAUACUGUCAGAACACAUAAUUUGAAUAUACUUUAUACACUGUUUCAGCACAUUAAAUGAAGAAAAGAAACAUUAAUUCUACUACAUUCUAUGUCAAAAACAUCAAUGGGUAAAGUAUCACCCAUUAACUAUUUUAAGAUAAUUUUACCUGGACUCAAUAGUGAGAAUCAUUUCCUAGAAUUCUUGAGCAAUAUUUCAUCUGCAUAAGUGGGCUAACCCAUAGAUAUGUGGGACCGUGGUGGUGAUAUGGAAGUGAAAAACAUUAACAAUGCCCAUGUCAGAUUAAAACUCAUUACUCUUGUGUCCACUCAGAAAAAGACCAUGCCUAUGCAGCCACUACAAUUAACAUGUCCAUCUUAUCCUUCCACUGGGGUGGGUUUAUGCCCAUGCUCUCUUCUGCACAGCUGCUCUUGAGUUGCCAACAAAGGUCAUAUGUCACUGACCAGAAGAUUCCAGAACACUGUUCAACGAAGUUCAAGAUACAUGCACAUCCUGGUUAAUGUAAUGACAUGGCCAGCCAUCUGUCAACACCAGAAGCCCUCAGAUGAUGCAAUCAUAGCUCCAGUAAUGGAUGUUCACAACAUCACCAAUGUGAAAUUUGAAGUUUUCACAGCAGUGAUGAUGAUCUUCUGGAUUUUGGUUCAGCGGACUGGUAGGUCCUCCAAUACAACAGCAUCCACACCAAGACACAGUUCACCAUGGAGCCUUAAUGGCCCAUUCCUUCCUGACACCCAAGAAAUUCAACUUAUUCUCAGCACCAUUUCAGACCUGAAGAUGGAAAGAGUAAAUUUCUUCUGAAACGUUGGCAUCUACCAACCAGUCUACGUGGUGCGAAGCUCAAAAGAACAUCAAUGAUAAACAAUGUCUCAAUCUGAAUUAUGUACCAGAACCCAAUUUAAUCCAGUUAACUGCACCCAAAAAUGUUUUGUAAAUCAUGUUACAACAAAAAUGCAAUGCAGUGAGUACUGUGAAUAAACUGCAGGUUAUUAAGGGAAUAGAGGCUGGAGUUUCACUUGCUGCAAUUUUAAAAGAGUGGCAUAGCAAUACUAACUGUGUCUGACAUUAAAUUAAGAAAGGCUGAAGCAAGUUAAUCCAGAUUACAUUUCUACCCUAUAUAGUCUAGAUCAGCAAGGUUUCACUGUAACUAUAAAAGGUAAUAAUGGAUCAAAAGUCAUAUCCAACAACUCAGUGAUGAUAUACCUGGCUCUUCUGCUAUAAUGUUGGGUGGUACAACAAUAUAAUGGAUGGAAGUAAGAUAUGAAAAGACAAGACUUUCUAAACUUAUUGUUAUCGUUAUUCAACAAAUUUUAAGCUACAGUCUACCACUGGGAGAAAAUUCUUUCGCUGAAUUACAUAUUAGGUAUAACAAUUUAAAAUGCCGAAAUACUUCAAUAAAUGUCACACUGAAUAUCAAAUUAUACAAACUGGAUGAGAUUUGAGAUCACUUAAGAAGCAAUGAAUUGAUGCAUUUAUUUUUGUACAUGUAGUGUAGUGGCUGCUGUAUCUGACUGCAUAAGUGAACCAGCAAAUAAUGUACUGAUAUGUCAACAAAUAAAGUUGAACUGAAUUUUAAAAAGU